AGCGAGGCAUCGGGGCGAAGCGAGGAGCGAGUCGAAGACAUUACGUUCGCGCCGGAGCGCUUUAUGCCGGGGCCGGGGCCGGGCUGAGGCGCGCGCGUGGUUGCAGCGGAGCGAAGUUAGCCGCGAGUUUUCCGGGGGACUUGUCGUAUCUACACCGCGGAUCCGUCGAACCGUUGAAGAUGAGCGUGCACGUCGUCGAGAAGAAGGGCAGCAGCGCGCUCAAGGGCCCCAACGGGCUGAUCGCGGCUAUGGAGAACGAAGACGGCGACUGGCAGAGCGGACAGAACCUCCUGCUGGUCGCGCAGGAUGUCCAGGGCAAGGAGCUCGUCAACCUGACCGACAAUCAGACCAUCAACGUGGCUGUGGACACCUAUUGGUUACUGGAACUCGCUCAUAGAGAGUACCAGGCGGGUGAUUACGAGAACGCAGAAAGACACUGUAUGCAGCUGUGGCGACAGGAGACCAACAAUACCGGCGUUCUCCUCUUACUUUCGUCCAUACAUUUCCAAUGUAGGAGAUUGGAGAAAUCGGCACAUUACAGCAGCUUAGCGAUAAAGCAAAACCCACUGUUGGCGGAGGCGUAUAGCAAUUUGGGAAAUGUAUAUAAAGAGCGCGGGCAGCUACCGGAAGCGUUGGAGAAUUAUCGUCAUGCUGUCAGGCUGAAACCCGACUUCAUCGAUGGUUACAUCAACCUGGCUGCGGCACUUGUGGCGGCUGGUGAUAUGGAACAAGCCGUUCAAGCCUAUGUUACAGCGCUACAAUAUAACCCCGACCUUUAUUGCGUGCGGAGUGAUCUUGGUAAUCUUUUGAAAGCAUUAGCAAGACUUGAUGAAGCCAAGGCCUGCUACUUGAAGGCGAUCGAGACGCGACCGGACUUUGCAGUUGCCUGGAGUAAUCUCGGCUGCGUGUUCAAUGCGCAAGGGGAGAUAUGGUUGGCGAUACACCAUUUCGAAAAAGCGGUUGCCUUGGACCCUAACUUUUUAGAUGCGUACAUCAACCUUGGGAAUGUGUUGAAGGAGGCUAGAAUUUUUGACAGAGCUGUAGCCGCAUAUCUCCGUGCGUUGAAUCUCAGUCCUAACAAUGCAGUCGUACACGGAAAUCUGGCGUGCGUUUAUUACGAACAAGGGCUCAUCGAUCUGGCCAUUGAUACGUAUCGUCGUGCUAUUGAACUGCAACCGAACUUUCCUGAUGCGUACUGCAAUCUGGCGAACGCUCUCAAAGAAAAGGGACAAGUGGUCGAAGCGGAAGAAUGUUACAAUACCGCCCUCCGGCUUUGUCCCACACACGCGGACUCUCUUAAUAACUUGGCCAACAUAAAGCGCGAGCAAGGCUACAUCGAGGAGGCAACUCGUUUGUAUCUUAAAGCCCUGGAAGUAUUUCCUGAGUUUGCGGCCGCUCACAGCAAUCUCGCCUCUGUCUUGCAGCAGCAAGGCAAACUGAACGAGGCAUUGAUGCAUUAUAAGGAAGCAAUUCGUAUACAACCGACGUUCGCAGAUGCUUACUCGAAUAUGGGAAACACCCUGAAGGAAAUGCAGGAUAUACAAGGCGCUCUACAGUGCUACACUCGGGCUAUCCAAAUCAAUCCGGCCUUCGCUGACGCUCAUUCCAAUUUGGCAUCGAUCCACAAGGAUUCCGGCAACAUUCCCGAAGCAAUUCAGUCUUACAGAACAGCGCUGAAGUUGAAACCGGACUUUCCAGACGCUUAUUGCAACUUGGCGCACUGUUUGCAAAUAGUGUGCGACUGGACCGACUACGAAGCCAGGAUGAAGAAGUUGGUAUCCAUUGUUGCUGAGCAGCUGGACAAGAAUAGGCUACCAAGUGUGCAUCCGCAUCAUUCCAUGCUUUAUCCUUUGUCUCAUGAGUUUCGGAAAGCCAUCGCUGCUCGGCAUGCCAACCUUUGCAUAGAGAAAAUUCAUGUUCUUCACAAACAACCGUACAAAUACCCGCGUACAAUCGGCACGCGAUUGAAGAUUGGAUAUGUCUCGUCGGACUUUGGCAAUCAUCCGACCAGCCACUUGAUGCAGUCAAUACCGGGCCUUCAUGAUCAUGAGAGAGUAGAGAUUUUCUGCUAUGCGCUUAGCGCGGAUGACGGUACAACCUUUCGUGCGAAGAUAGCACGAGAGGCCGAGCAUUUUGUCGAUCUCUCUCAGAUUCCGUGUAACGGCAAAGCCGCCGACCGCAUCAACAGUGACAGCAUCCAUAUUCUGGUGAACAUGAAUGGCUACACGAAAGGCGCUAGGAACGAGAUCUUCGCUUUGCGACCAGCGCCGAUACAGGUCAUGUGGCUGGGUUAUCCUGGUACCUCCGGCGCAAGUUUCAUGGAUUAUCUCAUCACGGACGAGGUCACCUCGCCGUUGGAGCUCGCCAAUCAAUACAGCGAGAAACUCGCCUACAUGCCGCACACUUACUUCAUCGGCGAUCACAAGCAAAUGUUUCCCCAUCUGAAAGAACGUUUGAUUCUAACGGACAAGUUCAAUCAUAAGGGCAAAGUAGCUGACAACGUGGCGGUAAUCAAUGCCACGGAUUUGUCUCCGAUGAUUGAGAAUACUCUGAUAAAAGAGAUUCGCGAGGUAAUUGUGCCGGAUGCCAAAAAGCAACCUGUCGAGAUCUCGCUCAAAGUUGCCGAAUUACCGACUACCACUCCGAUCGAGACGAUGAUCGCUUCCGGUCAGUGUCAGAUGUCCGUGAACGGCGUCGUCUUGCAAAAUGGUAUGGCUACCACGCAGGUGAACAAUAAAACCGCCACGGGCGAGGAGGUGCCUCAGAACAUUGUCAUCACAACCAGGCAGCAGUACGGCUUGCCGGAAGAUGCCGUCGUUUAUUGCAACUUUAAUCAAUUGUACAAGAUUGAUCCACUUACUCUUCACAUGUGGGCGCACAUAUUGAAACACGUGCCAAAUUCCGUGCUGUGGCUGCUACGUUUUCCGGCGGUCGGCGAACCCAAUCUUCAAGCAACGGCGCAACAAUUAGGUCUGACGCCUGGCCGAAUUCUAUUCAGCAAUGUCGCUGCUAAGGAGGAACACGUUAGACGAGGCCAGUUGGCUGAUGUGUGUCUAGACACGCCACUUUGCAAUGGACAUACGACCAGUAUGGAUGUCUUGUGGACCGGAACGCCGGUGGUUACGCUACCGGGGGAAACUCUAGCUUCCCGUGUCGCAGCUAGUCAAUUGAACACUCUUGGCUGUCCCGAUUUGGUAGCGCGAACACGGCAGGAAUAUCAAGAUAUCGCUAUUAGACUGGGCACUGAUAGAGAAUACUUGAAAGCAACAAGAGCUAAGGUUUGGAAAGCUCGAUCGGAAAGUCCAUUGUUUAAUUGCAAGCUGUACGCCAUGGGAAUGGAGAUGUUGUAUACAAAAAUGUGGGAGCGUUAUGCACGCGGGGAAAAUCCUGAUCAUGUUUCAGCUGUCGAUAAGAAUGAUAGUCAAAAGUCAUCGAGCAUAUCUUCUUAAAACAUUUAACGACUUUCAUCACAAUUAUUUACUUAGCUUCACCUUUGUGAUUAAUGAUUUCUCUUCCCUGCAAAUUUUCCAUGGUCAAUAUGUCUAUUUCCAAAUGCGGUCUCGUAUAAAUUUCGUGUUUCUGCUGACUAUUUUGUAUUUGAAUUUGAUAAAUUCACGGAGCUUAGACUAGACAGAUACUGAUAUUCACACUUGCGCAAGAUUUCGUACGAUACUCUGGUUCUGUUCGUUUUUAAUGGUUUUCUUAAUUAAAUUUGGGCGUUUGAUUAAAAAUCAAUUUAAUCGCAUUUUGUGAAAAAUUGGUAAGAUUAUAGGAAGACGAUUUGGCUUAUACUUGUAUAAAAUUUAAAGAAACAUUAAAAUCCGUAGCAAUAGAAAGUAUCGAAUAUUUUAAUUUCUGUAAAGAAACAGUAUUUCCAAUAUCUUUGUUCUUUAUUUAUGCUUUUGUGCAAAAUAAUGUAUGAAUAAAAUAUUUGCAGUGGAUUUGUUGAAUUAUCAAAGAUCAUUGAGAAAAAACUCGGAAAUUUUGAUGCUCUAAGCUCCAAGAAUUUUAAGAAAUUGCAAAAAAUUGGAUGUCUCAAAAAUCAGACACGAGAACUUUAUUUUCUAAUUUCCAAUAUUAUCGCAAGUUGCACUGCUAUCAACUGCAACUGAGAAUCCACUGUUGUACAUUUUUGCUUAUGUUAUUGCAAUCAUUAAGUGAAUUUGACGAAUAUGAACGUGCUCUCGAGAUAUCCAUUCUCGCUUUCUGUAGGCAAUCUUUUCACGCCGUGAUAUUUUGCGCAAGUAAUUUGCUGAAGGAUGCAAGGAUACUUAACAAAGAUUAGAGCUAAUAUAGUUUUUUGUGUACUUUAUCGUAUCAUUCUCUUUCCACUAUCACAAACGAUGUAAAGGCUGCGGGCUUCGAUCUUCGAAAUUUACGAUUUUAAAAUUGGCAAGUUUGGAGAAAAGGACAAAAAACCAAAAGAAAAGACCGAGACGUAUUCUUCAAAUUUUAAUAAAUCAAGAAGUAAAGAUGUCAAGGAUCUAGCAAUUCGAACAAGGGCCUCCGAAAUCUCUUAUCAAUAAAAAUUCCAAGGAUAUAAAGAUUAUAAAUUGAAGAGCAAUAAAAGAAUCGGAAAAAUUUAUAUAAAAAAAGAGCAAGAGAAUAAAAAUAAUAGAAAGUGGAUCUAAAAAAUUAAUUAAAAAAUUAUAAAUCUCUAGGAAUAACCGAGUGCAGAGGCUGAAUAUCGAAAUAAUUCUGCUAGUAAUCGGUAUUACACAUACUUCUAGUUUCAUAAAAAAAUGAUAAUGUUGAAGGCUCUUAAAAAUUAUAUCCCGGUAUUUGAUGUCUAAUGUCGGUACAAUCAAGUUUUUGUAAGAAUAAAAGUGUAUACGAUAUAAUAGUUAACAGAUCAUUUCGGUAUUCAUUCUUUGAUCGAACGGGUUCUACCACCGUUAUCGGGAUCCUCCAAGCGCCCGAAGAACAAGAUGUCACUUAUCGGCCACGGACAGCGUAUAACACAACUGUAUUAUAUCAAACGACUAAUGAUAAUGUUCAUGUAAAUAUUAAGGGUAAUUGUUAAUUAUUUACGUUAGUUCAAUAGCAAAUGUUGUGCGAUUUGUGGUACUGACGAAAUGUGUAGAGACAUAAGAGAGAGAUAAAAAUAUCGGACUGUAGCGAACUGACUAUACAUAUGUGUAGAGAGUAAAAAAUCGACGAACGAAACCCUUCGCACAAUUUGUGUGUCGCGGCGACUUUCUGUGACAGAACAUUCGUAUCAAUACUUUAUGUCAGUAACGCGAUGAUGACAGUACGAUAAUCGAUCUCGAAAGGCAGCGAGUACUAAAGGAUUAAUUGCGUUUCUUAAUGUAAUAUCGCUCAAUAUGACUGUAUUAUAUUUUCAAUAUGCUCCCAA